AUGCACAUGAACAAGAGAAUCGGUCGCUUCAAGCAAUGGGCUGGAGAGCGCAUGGGCGGAGAGGCCAAGACAUGCCAAUCUGAUGAUUUCAAGGCCAUGGAGACGGAGAUGGGCGUGCGACAUGAAGGCGUUGAUCGCAUUCACAAGUCCAUGACCGCCUAUGUCAAGGCCAUCUCCAAGCGCAAUGAGGGGGACGAUAAGGAGAAGACCCUCCCGAUCGCGCACCUAGGCAGCAGCAUGGUUUCCCAUGGCGAGGACUUUGACGCCAACUCCGAAUACGGGCAGAGCCUGAUCAUGUUUGGACGGACGGAGGAGCGUAUCGCGCGCAUCCAAGAGCAGUACAUUGCGCAGGCGACAUCGAGCUGGCUCGAGUCCUUGGAACGAUCCCUGACCCAGAUGAAGGACUAUCAGCAAGCUCGCAAGAAGCUCGAUAGCCGACGACUGGCAUACGAUACUUCUCUUGCUAAGAUGGAGAAAGCCAAGAAAGAGGACUUCCGCGUGGAGGAGGAACUCCGCUCCCAGAAAGUGAAAUACGAAGAAGCCAACGAGGAUGUCUUGCGGCGCAUGCAGGAUGUGAAGGAGGCCGAGGUUGAUAAUGUCAUGGACAUGGGAACCUUCCUCGACGCCCAACUCGAGUACCAUGAACGGUCUCGGGAGGCGCUCCUCCAGUUGAAGCAGGAAUGGGUUGGAUUCAGCCAGACACAAACCCCAACCCGCCGUCCGACGCGUGCUCGUUCCAACACUGCCCACUCAUAUCAGGAGCGGUAUGAGCCGUUGCAGGAAGAGCUGAUCAAUACCACUGAGGCCAGACCUCCCAUUAGAUCACACAAGACCAUUGCGACGCAAUACGCUGACUCGCCUCCACGCGAGAAUUAUGCUGCCUCACGGCCUGUUCUGAACCGGGUCCCUACGUUCGAAGGCCCGACUCAACUCCGACAAGAGCAAUCGCCAGCUGCAUCCCAAUGGGUCCAGCAGCGUACUGCCAGCGAAAACUCAGUUGGGUACGGCCGCAGAAGCAGCACUCAAGUUGCAAGUGGCCGCGUCUCUGCUGAUCCAUACGCAGACUCGGAAGAGGUCAGCUCCUACGGCCGGUCCAGUCCCGAGCGUAUGUUCGGCGGUGGUAGAUCCAUCUCGCCCGCAACAUCUCACGGAAGCGUGGCAUCUCGGCGACCCAGUACGACCAACAUGAGUACCCUGGCAUUGUCCAAGAAAGGUCCACCUCCACCUCCUCCUUCUCGUGCGAAGAAGCCCCCACCACCCCCACCACCAAUGAAGCGGACACUCCUGGCCUCGACGAAUGCCUAG